AGUAGUUUGCCUCUAGGCAAAGGAAGCAUUACCACUAAGAAGCAAGCCUCUCACCAACAGAGAUACCCGAUUAAAAUGUUCGGUUCCUCGAGAUCUGGAGGUGUACGGGGAGGUCAGGACCAGUUCAACUGGAAUGAAGUGAAAGUCGACAAACACAGAGAAAACUAUCUCGGUAACUCGUUGAUGGCACCAGUGGGGCGUUGGCAAAAAGGCAAAGAUCUGACAUGGUAUGCAAAGGACAAAAAGGGUGGUGCACCUUUGUCCAGAGAGGAGGAACUUGCUGCUGUCAAGGCAGCAGAGGAAGAAGCGUUGAUGGCUGCACUAGGGCACAAGAAUAUAAAGAGACAACCGACUGGUCUAACCAAAGAGGACCUUGUAGAGGUUUGCAGGAGGGACGAGGCUGAUGGCGAUGAGAGAAAUGUUGACCGUGUUUCUGGUUUAGGAAGCUCCAGUGCAGGGUCUCGGAGAAUGGUCCUGUCCCAAAAAGAAAAGGAGGUUGCUAAAAUGGGCUUGCCGGUUUUUACACACGUCAGGACUGAAGGUCAUACAGAAGCUUCAGCAACAAAAACAAAUGAGAGUGCAGUAAAACAGGUGGAGGAACAGAGGCAUGACAGUAAUAAGAAAAACAAAGAAAAAAAGAACAAAAAGGAGAAAAAGAAAAAGGAAAAAAAGAAAAAACGAAAAAGGAGAGACUCAUCCUCCUCCGAUUCUGAGGACAACAGGAAGAGGCACAGAAAGGACCACCAUCAUCAUAAUCCAUCAUACGUUAGUCAGAGCGGAGCCAGACCCCAUGACAGCCACUCAAGGGGGGGAGCAAAGGCCGAGCGACAGCGCUCCAUCCCCCAUCAUCGAAGGCAGCGGCACGACACAGACUCCUCUGAUGGAGGAUCUCCUGUCCCUCGCAACCCUGCCAGCCACAAGAAGGCCCCUGCUGGUGCCACACAAAGCCACAGGCGGCGCCAUGACACAGACUCGGACGACUAAUGUCGUGCCCACCCCCACCCCCGAUUCAAACAUGCAUAAUGUGGACAGAGUGCUCUACAGCAGUUUGACAGACCCUCAAGACCUUAUUUACUUGAACAGCCAAACAGACUGUGGAUGGACUCUAAUCAGUGUAACAGACUUUAGCCUCAGGUUUUAACUUCUUCAUUCAGAAGGUUGCUCAUGUGACACUGGUGUUUUGGUUUGACAGUUUUUGAUCACGUCGAGUUAUUUAAUCAUCAAAUAUCAAGUACUCUGUAUUGCUUUAAGCUUUGUGUUUUGGGGGUUUUAUCUUGGAUAAAUAUAGAAACUUUUUUUCCAAAGCAAGUGGAAUGAUUUUCUUCCUUGUCCUCAAAGCUUUUAUUUAACAUUAGUUCAACCCUGAUCAUUGUUACUGCAAGCACACACAAUAAUCCCUCAUGGAAAUUCUUACAUGACCCUGUCAUGACAUGACUCAUUCAGUUAUUUACAUGAACGUGUCUUCUUUUUUUUUUUUUUAGGUUACCAUAAAGACAUGGUGCAACUGGCACUUUUUGCACAGGAAUGUAGCUUCAAGGGCUUGCUGCCAAAGAAGCCUUCUACGAUUAUAAUCAAACUGGUAAAAGAGUGUAUGUUAAUAAGUAUUUCUUUUCUUGAAUCUAAGCAUGUAGUUUUGGUGCCUAACCAAACAGUGACAGGGAGAAAAAACCCAUAUCAAAACAAAUAAAAUGCAUAGACUU